UUGGGACGAGAGAAAAGGAAAAGAUAAAGUAAAGCCCAAGCAGGGGUACCUCUCUUUCCUCUCUUCAAUAAAAAGAAAAUAAUAUAAUAUUAAGGAAUUAAAAGUUUUUCCACAACAAUCACGAAACCCCUGGUCCUUUAUAUUUUUCUAUUGGAGGCUUCUGGGGGGGUUUUUUAUUGAAUUUUUCCUUCGGUCGUUAUCGCAGACGAAGAACAACAACGUUAACAUAGCCAUCGGCAGAGUCAGCAACACAAGGCGGAGACCCUAAAGUUCUCGCGACUUCGGAUUUCUAAUUGUAUUUUGUUUUUGGGUUUUGUGCCUGUUUUAGGGUUUGAGUAGGUUUCCAAUCGGAGCCCCUAAUUUUGGUGUUGUAAUCUUUCCUUUAUAGUCUUAUUAUAAGGAAAAAGAAGGAUUAGCUUUUUAUUCUGUAAUUUCAGUUUCAAUUUUGGCUGUAUCCUCCCUAAUACUCUACAAUUAGCAAUAAUUUGAUUCUUACCGCUGCAUUUGUUCUUUUUUUUUUUGUUUUUAUAUAACUUAGGAAGGAAAGGAAAACAAAAAAAAUCUGUGUAAAAAUAUUAGCAAUAAAAUUUUGAUUAAUUCUCAUUUUGUUGCCAGAAAGGAAAAGAAAAAAGUGAGACUGAGUGAGAGAAAAAAAAAAGAAAAAAAUUAUAAAAAAAUAAAGAAAAAUGGGGAGUCCUGGAUUGGGAACUGGAAACAGUGGGCAAAGGUUAGGCAUCACGGAACCUAUUUCGUUGGGAGGACCGACUGAAUAUGAUGUGAUCAAAACCCGAGAGCUUGAGAAGUAUUUGCAAAAUGUGGGAUUGUACGAGAGUCAAGAGGAGGCUGUUAGUCGAGAGGAAGUAUUGGGGAGGCUUGAUCAGAUUGUGAAGAAUUGGGUUAAGGCAAUUAGCCGUGCUAAAGGUUUGAAUGAGCAAUUGGUUCAAGAAGCAAAUGCUAAGAUAUUCACUUUUGGUUCUUAUCGGCUAGGGGUACAUGGUCCUGGUGCAGAUAUAGAUACCCUUUGUGUGGGACCUAGACAUGCGACACGAGAAGAGGAUUUCUUUGGUGAACUACACAAGAUGCUAUCAGAGAUGCCUGAAGUGUCGGAAUUGCACCCUGUGCCUGAUGCUCAUGUCCCGAUCAUGAAAUUCAAAUUCAAAGGAGUUUCCAUAGAUCUUCUCUAUGCAAAACUUUCACUUUGGGUUAUUCCUGAAGACUUGGAUAUUUCGCAAGAUUCUAUAUUACAAAAUACAGAUGACCAGACAGUUCGUAGUCUUAAUGGUUGCAGAGUCACUGACCAAAUUUUACGGUUGGUUCCAAAUAUUCAGGUUGUGGCUACCACUUUAUAUAGUGUGCACUACAUAUGUUUUUUUCCUCCAGAGAUUCUGGACUUUGAUUAUGUUCUGUUACUUGAUCUGCAGAACUUCCGUACAACUUUGAGAUGCAUGAGAUUUUGGGCAAAACGUCGUGGUGUUUAUUCUAAUGUUGCUGGUUUUCUUGGUGGUAUAAACUGGGCUUUGCUUGUUGCUCGUAUAUGUCAGCUAUACCCUAAUGCUUUGCCCAAUAUGUUAGUUUCUCGAUUUUUUAGGGUGUAUACCCAGUGGCGAUGGCCAAACCCUGUCAUGCUUUGUGCAAUCAAGGAAGGAUCUCUUGGUCUUCAAGUUUGGGAUCCUCGAAAAAAUCCUAAAGAUAGAUAUCAUUUGAUGCCAAUAAUUACUCCUGCUUAUCCUUCUAUGAACUCUAGCUACAACGUGUCAUCAAGUACUUUGCGAAUCAUGACAGAUGAAUUUCAGAGGGGUAGUGAAAUUUGUGAGGCUAUGGAGGCAAACAAAGCUGACUGGGAUGCCCUUUUUGAGGCUUAUGCCUUCUUUGAAGCAUACAAGAAUUAUCUACAAAUAGAUAUCUCUGCUGAAAAUGAUGAUGAUUUAAGAAAUUGGAAAGGCUGGGUUGAGUCCCGUCUCCGUCAACUCACAUUGAAGAUUGAAAGGCACACAUAUAACAUGCUUCAAUGCCACCCACAUCCUGGCGAUUUUCAAGACAAUUCUAGGCCCUUCCAUUGCAGUUACUUUAUGGGCUUGCAACGCAAACAAGGAGUUCCAGUAAAUGAAGGCGAACAAUUUGAUAUAAGGUUAACUGUCGAGGAGUUUAAACACUCUGUUAAUACGUACACUUUAUGGAAGCCUGGAAUGGAAAUCCGUGUAUCUCAUGUAAAACGUAGGAGCAUACCUAGCUUUGUAUUUCCUGGUGGUGUCCGUCCUUCCCGUCCAUCUAAAGCAACCUGGGAUAGUAGGAGGGCAUCAGAUGCAAAAGUUUCUGGUCAUGCUGGUUCAGACAAGUCUGGUGAAGUUAAAGGAGCUGCAGAUGGACAGGUUGAUGGAAAGAAGAGGAAGAGGGCAGAUGACAAUGCAGAUACUCAAUUGAAAAACAGCAAAUAUAUCACUGCUGUGCCUUCUUCUAGUGCAGAAGUUCAGGUGGGUAGUCCUGGGGGUACUGUGACUCCUUGUUCCUUGAAGGGUGACAAUGUAGAUGCAACAGGAUUGGUUGAACCAACAAGGGGAAAAGAUGAGAGCAAUAUGACAAAUGGCUCAAAAAAUUCAAGUACGGAAGAACUUUCUUCCCUUAACAGUGAGGUUGAUGGAUCACUUAGAUAUAUUCCUCCACAUAAGGGUUUGCAUGUGACCACUGAUGCAUCAAGCUCUAAAGAGGCAGAGAAGUUGGCUAUUGAGCAGAUAAUGUCUGGUCCAUAUGUCUCCGACCAAGCUUUUCCAGAGGAACCUGAAGAGCUUGAAGAUGAUUUAGAAUUUAGGAACCAGGUUGUAUCUGUGGGGAACACUAACAAUGGCUCUCAGCAGGCUCCAGUGUCAGAUGCAGCAGGAGCUGCACCGAUAAUAUCAAGCAAUGGAGCUGGUCCUUCCAUCAGUUUACAUGCUAGUGGGAGUAUAGAGGAGUUAGAGCCUGCGGAACUUACUGCAAUGACAUCAAUCCCUGUUGCACCUGUGGUCCAGAAGAAGCCGCUAAUAAGAUUGAACUUCACGUCCUUGGGUAAGGCUUCGGAGAAAAGUGGGUAAAAGGGGGGUUUUUAGAGAAGUGGUUUUCACAGUAGUUUGGGAAGGUGGGGUUAUGCAUCAUAACUAAAGUUAAUUGUUCCCUUUCCAUCCUUAAACAGUUAAGACUUAUAGUUAAUAAAAAAGAAUUGUCAGAGUUUGCAUGAAUUCCAGCUUUCAGUUGUGUAAAGGAAAUGGUAGAUCGCUAAUGCUAUAAGUAUUGUAAGGAUAAAGCAGCUGGAAAACCUAUUUGCUGUAAUGCUUCCGGUUAUUUAUAUUUCAGUACCUUUUUCUUUUAGCUA